GCUGCAAUUUGUUUAAUGUUUACAAGAAACCAGAGCUUGUAACAAUUUGUGAAAUAAAGUGCAAUUACGCGGUAAAUAACGAAAGAAAGAAACAUCUAGGAUAUAUGUUAAAUACGGAAUUGCAGCAGCCGGAAAUGGUUAAUGAGAAUCGAGCGCCUAAGUUGGCUGGCUAUGAUUUCUAUCAUAGCGUGUUGGGCGCACCACGUUAUGUGGUUGCACCAAUGGUGGAUCAAAGUGAAUUGGCAUGGCGCAUGCUCUGCCGGCGUUAUGGUGCCCAGCUCUGCUAUUCACCCAUGUAUCAUGCGAAUCUGUUUGCCACUGAUCUAAAGUAUCGCAAGGAUGCCCUGCAAACGUGUCCCGAGGAUCGACCAUUGAUCAUACAAUUCUGUGGCAAUGAUCCACAGCAAAUAUUGGAGGCUGCUUUAGCUGCACAAGAUCAUUGCGAUGCGGUGGACAUUAAUCUAGGCUGUCCACAGGCGAUAGCCAAGCGAGGGCACUACGGCUCCUUUCUACAGGACGAAUGGGAGCUGUUGACAGAGAUUGUGCGAACGCUGCAUGAGAAACUCUCGGUGCCGGUGACUUGUAAAAUACGACGCUUCGAGGAUCGGGAAAAGACAAUUAAAUACGCUAAAAUGCUGGAGGCUGCCGGCUGUCAAUUACUGACCGUGCACGGACGGACUCGAGAGCAGAAAGGACCUCUAACAGGCAUCGCUGAUUGGAGCUACAUCAAGGAUGUGCGACAGCAUGUAAAGAUACCCAUGUUUGCCAAUGGCAACAUAUUGGGUUUGGAUGAUGUGCAUCGCUGUCUGGACGAAACGGGAGUUGAUGGGGUUAUGAGCGCUGAGGGUAAUCUACAUAAUCCAGCCCUCUUUCAGGGCAUUGCGCCACCUGUCUGGCAAAUGGCCAAAGAGUACUUGGAACUUGUUGAUCAAUAUCCCUGCCCCACCUCCUACAUACGCGGGCAUCUCUUCAAGCUCUUUCAUCAUAUCAUGAACAUACGUUCCAAUGCACAGCUGCGGGAACAGCUGGCAACGGGCAAUCAGCUCACUCAGUUCCAUGCCGUUGUGGCCAAAGUGCAAGAGAAAUACGAACCAUAUCACACAGGCGUCACAAAGUAUGAACCGGAGGAAAUGGAAGUGAAUAUGAGUGCCGAUGGUGGAGAGGAGUUGCCCAUGCUGCAGCCCUGGUUGUGCCAGCCCUAUAUACGUGCCUCGCCUGAAUCGCACCGGCAGAAAAUCGCUGAGAAACAACGCGAAGCCGUCGAUCCGAAUCGCACUAAGCGGCAGUAUUUUGACAAUGCUGGGAAUGAAAUAUCGAGGAAGCGCAUGAAGAAACUGAGACGCCGCCAGCGACGCCCUAACAAAACGGAUGCCCAGUUCCAGCUGCGUCACGAACGGCACCUCGAGUAUUGCGAACAGUGCGCCAAUCCGUUGGGCUCCAAGUGUGAAUUUCGUCUGUGCAGGAUUUGCUGCCGGGACAAAUGCUAUGCGGAUGAUUGCGAUUGUCCUGGACAUGGCAUACUCAUAAAAUCGCGACGUGCCAAGGCUAAACAGUUCGAAGCCCACUGCAGGCAGGAGAAUAACAACGACUCCGUUCCCAUCGUUCCAGCUGCGAAUCGAACAGCUAUCGAUAGGGAUGACCCAGCAUUAGCUGAUAAUGUUUCUUGAUAUCGGAAUUGGAAUCAUAGCGAAUUUGUAACGUCUAAUGUAAGAAAUUGUGCGAGUUCUUGUUCCUAUGUCUUGCUGUGCACAUAAAAAAUUCAAAAUUUGAAAGAAAAAAAUUAAUAAUUAAAUGUUUCUCAUUCACGCAAUUAGU